AUGUCUUCAGCACGAAUGGGUGAAUGGAUGGUCUGGGUAACUUUGUCUCUGGAGGAUAUGGGAAGGCUGAGCGAAGUCACUCGCCCAAGGCACUUGGAUCCGUCGAUCUAUGGAGUCGCCACAACGCUCAAGUGGACCGUUUGUCAUGUUCUGUCAAUUUUCGGAAGUGGUAGUGGAAUGACUCUCGAUGGCGUGCGUGAAAGACCUAACAGAAUUGAACCUCCUGUGCCCAUCCAUGUCCUCUGCUCGACGAAAGGGUAUAACACGGCCCAGUCCUUGACGCCAGAAAAGAUAACGCCAUCGUUACAAUGA